AUGGUAUCUCGUGAAAGCUCGUGGACCUCCCUCCCCAAAACCAAUGCUAUUGAGAUACAUACAAAACCAAGGGANACCAAGACGUGCCAGGCGGAGACAGGGACCUGGAAUGGAAGGAAACUCCUGGUGGUCGACACGCCCUCCAUCUUCGAGGCAGAGGCUCAGACCCAAGGGACGUGCACGGACAUCGGGGACUGCUACCUGCUCUCUGCCCCGGGGCCCCAUGUGCUGCUGCUGGUGACCCAGCUGGGGCGCUUCACUGCCCAGGACACGGUGGCCGUGAGGAGGGUGAAGGAGGUCUUCGGGGCAGGAGCCAUGAAACACGUGGUGGUCCUCUUCACCCACAAGGAGGACUUGAACGGUGAGUCCUUGGACGAUUACAUCACACUCACGGACAACCAGAGCCUGCAGAGCCUGAUGCAGGAGUGCGGGAGGCGGUACUGUGGCUUCAACAACAGGGCCACCGGGGAGGAGCAGAGGGAGCAGCUGGCCCAGCUGAUGGCUGUGGUGGGGAGGCUGGAGAGGGAGAACGAGGGCUCCUUCCACAGCAAUGACCUCUUCUUUGAAGCCCAGAGGCUGCAGCAAGGGGGGGGCCGCGCCCACGGGGAAGAGCACCGGCGCUACCUGGCCAAGGUGCGCGCGCAGCUGGAAAACCAAAGGCGGGACCUGAGAGACACCAGGAGUAACUGGGCGUGCGGGGCGCUCCUCAAAGUCAGAAGGUGGAUGCUUUCCCACAUUGGGAUAACUGCUGUCCUCAUUAUAUGCAUUUUGAUUUUUCUUGCCACUUUAAUUAACUUGUGUAUUACUCAUGGACACUGAGUGUUUUCAGUGACUUCUGCCAUCAGCGGGUUCAUGUGUUCACAGUCGCCAUCUCUGUGUGUCAGAUUCUUUGCUUUUUACAUAAUUUCACGUUCUCUUGUUUUUUGUCACAUCAGACAUACUGUCCAUUUUCUUCAAGUGCUUUUAGGUCAAUAAAAUCAAAGGAAAAAAUG